AUGGAUAUGGACCAGACUUCAGUAGAUGAUCUCAGAUCAUUGGAAUAUCUUAUUAAUGAACUAUCUGUUCAUUUAAUGGAUGCAAGAAAACAAGAUGAUGAAGUUGAGAAAAUUGCAAGAUCAUUAGCCGAUGAUGUUAAUGUGAAUUUUGAUCAGUUUAUAACGAAUUCUUUUUUAGAACCAUACAAUAAUAGUCCCGACAAUAAUAUAAUUAGCACAGAUAGUUUAUUGCAAAAAUAUGAAAAUUCAAAUUUAGCUCAGAUUGUUGAAGAAGAUGAAGAAGAGGAAAAAAAAGAUUCUGAAAGAGAUCUUUCAAUUAAUGGAGAUAAAAGAAAGAAAAAUAAAAUGAGAGAUGGCGAUUCAAAUCAAAAUAAAGAUAAAGAUAGAAAUAAUGAAAAGGACAAAGAUAAAAACAAAGAGCAAGAGAAAGAAAAAGAACCGGAUUAUGAUAAGGAGAUAACUAGAUUACAAGAAGAUAAUUUAAUUUUACAAUUAAGAAUUCAGAGAAAUGAAUUUUUAUCGACAAAAUUAAUUAAUUUAUUGAAUCAAGAUAAAAAAAUCUUAAAUACAAUUAAUAGCUCAGCAAGAGAAAAUUUUGAAUUAAGACCAAAAGUCAAUCAAGAAUUAAUUUCCAUUUUUGCUAAAAAACAUUCAAAUUUAACUGAAAGAGUGGCUAAAUUAGAGGAGUAUAAUAAAAAUUUGGAUAGAAACUUAUUAAACAAUUUGGGAAUCGAUAUUAAUAAUGAUAACUAUGAUAUUUUUUUGAAAAAAAUACUCACAAUAAUGGAUAAUGAUGAAAAAAAAAUCAGUAAUAUUGAAAAAAACAAUGAUGAGUUAAUUGAGGAAAUUAAAGAUUUGUUUCAGAAAUCCUCAUUAUAUGCAAAAUAA